AGCAGCCGGAAGGAGGGGGCUCGGGGGGCGCGUCCCAGCCCCGGCACCCGGCGGGACGGGAGCCUCCGACGGGGAAUCGCCCUUUUAAGCAGCGGUUCCUCUGCCUCCCCGGCUCCUGGAGGGGCUCCGGCAGCCUCCGAGACCUCCGUCCGUCUGUCCGUCCGUCCGUCCGUCCCUCCUCCUCCUCCCCUCCCGCCCUGCCCGGCUGCCAGCGGCGGCUGCGCUCCGUGCUGCGGGCGGGGGCGCGGGGAGCCGCAGGGCGGCGGUGGGGUUUUCCCUGUCCCCGUGUCCCCGUGUCCCCGUGUCCCUGUCCGUGCGUCUGUCCCUCUCCUUCUGUCCCUGUCCCUGCCCCGGGGCCGCGCUCGGGGACCAUGGGAUGCUGCACCGGGCGCUGCACCCUGAUUUUCCUCUGCGCUCUGCAGCUGCUUGCGGCGUUAGAGAGGCAGGUGUUUGAUUUCCUGGGAUACCAGUGGGCCCCCAUCCUAGCCAACUUCCUCCACAUCAUCAUCGUUAUCCUUGGCCUGUUUGGCACUAUUCAGUACAGACCUCGUUACAUAGUGGUGUAUGCCAUCUGGACUGCAGUUUGGGUCACCUGGAACAUCUUCAUCAUCUGUUUUUACUUAGAAGUGGGAGGGCUCUCAAAGGACAGCGAACUCUUGACAUUUAACAUCUCCCGGCACCAGUCGUGGUGGAGUGAAAAUGGUCCCGGCUGCGUAAGGAAGGAGGCUUCGAUGUCUGGCAUCAAAGGACUGGACAGCCAUUCGUACGUCUCGGUGAUAGGCUGUGCCCUGGAGUACCGGUACAUCGAGGUCAUGCACAGCUCCUUCCAGAUCCUGAUCGCGCUGGUGGGCUUUGUCUACGCCUGUUAUGUUGUUAGUGUUUUUACAGAAGAAGAAGACAGCUUUGAUUUCAUUGGUGGAUUUGAUCCAUUUCCUCUCUACCAUGUCAAUGAAAAACCCACCAACCUUUUGUUCAAGCAGACAUACCUGUAGACCUCCCCCCCUUCCCCCCAACAAAAACAUUUGCUGAAUAUCAACCUGAAUUUGCAAACUGUUUUGAUCAACCUGAAGCUGCAUGUUUAAGAGGCCUGCGUAAAUAAAGAAGAGCCAGAGGAUGGAUAAAUCUUGCACUCCAAAAUGUGCUGCAGGAAACAAUCCCCUGUGGCCUGGAUCUCCAGUAGAGGAAAUGCAGGAUGGAGAACUCCAUUCCAUUUGUUGUUCCUUCUCUUCUUUUCACAUGCAAUGAAUGUACACCGAAGGAUGACCACGCAGUCUGUUCUUAACUCUACAAGUGCCCUGAUGAACCAUUCCUACCAUAGCCUGGUGGUACUCGCCAACAGAUGGCAGCAGCCUGAAGACCUCAGGCAGAAGUUCACCAGGAGCCUCUCUCAAGAGAUACAGUAGAAGUCGGAGCUGCUUCCUUCUGCCACGGAUCCAUAGAGAAGGAAACACCAUAACACCCUGGGACAUCUCAUGUUUUGUAGUUAGUUUCUUCCCUUCUCCUUUCCCUUGUUCUGGAAAGAGCCUAAAUCCCUUAACACAACCUCAAGUCUUCCCUGCCUGUAUAGAACUAGGUAAGGGCUAUUUGCAUUUGAGUUGUUUAGGCUCCUUGCACACCCUCCACUUUUUUUUUUAAGUUAUAGAUGAGAGCUCUUCCCUUUCUUCCCCUCACCCAGGACUCUCUUCCCCUCCUCUGCUCUUUAUCAGUUAUUCACUCCUUAGUAGUAAGAACUGACUUCAAUGUUCUGUGACUUAAAUACUAUAAAUGCUAAACAGCUAAAAAAAAA